ACACAAGCAGAGAAGCAGUAAACCAGACUGCAACGCUGCCUCAUUGUGUCUGUACCAACCUGCUGACCCUGGAUGCUUCUCUUAGUCACCUGCAUGAACCAGGAUGUUGAAAUUUCUAUCUGCCGUGCUUUUAGUUUUUCUUUUCUUGACCUCAUUGCCACCUGCUGCAGGUGCACAGAUCAGGUUAGAGGGGUAUGGGUCUACUCAGUGUGCUGGAAGAGUUGAAAUCUAUCACAACAAUGCCUGGGGAACAGUCUGUGAUGAUGACUGGGACUUAAAUGAUGCUCAGGUGGUGUGCAGACAGUUGGGCUGUGGUACAGCACUGAGUGCCCCUCAGUCGGCCCAUUUUGGUCAAGGAAAUGCAACCAUCUGGCUUGAUGAUGUGAUGUGUUUUGGAGGAGAAAGUUCUCUAACUGAGUGUCAGCACAGAGGAUUCAGGACACACAACUGUAACCAUGCCAAGGACGCCAGUGUGAUCUGUUCAGAUGGUCAGAUCAGAUUAGCUGGUUCUGGAUCUACUCUGUGCUCUGGAAGAGUUGAAAUCUAUUACGACGGUGCCUGGGGGACAGUCUGUGAUGAUGACUGGGAUGUAAACGACGCUAUGGUGGUGUGCAGACAGUUGGGCUGUGGUACAGCACUGAGUGCUGAGUCAGCUCACUUUGGUCAAGGAACUGGACAAAUCUGGCUCGAUGAUGUUGCCUGUUCAGGAAGUGAAAGUUCUCUAAGUGAGUGUCAGCACGGAGAAUUUGGGAUACACAACUGUAACCACAGGCAGGAUGCUGGUGUGAUCUGUUCAGGUGUGCAGAUCAGAUUAACUGGCAGUGUGGCUGCCCGGUGCUCUGGGAGAGUUGAAGUCUAUUACAACAACACCUGGGGAACAGUCUGUGAUGAUGGCUGGGACUUAAAGGAUGCUCAGGUGGUGUGCAGACAGUUGGGCUGUGGUACAGCACUGAGUGCCCCUCAGUCGGCCCAUUUUGGUCAAGGAACUGGACAAAUCUGGCUCGAUGAUGUGGCCUGUUCAGGAAGCGAAAGCUCUCUAACUGAGUGUCAGCACAAAAGUUUUGGGACACACAACUGUGGCCACGGUGAGGACGCUGGUGUGGUCUGUUCAGAUGAUCAUAUCAGAUUAGUUGGGUCUGAUCGGUGCUCUGGAAGAGUUGAAAUCUUUCACAACCACACCUGGGGAACAGUUUGUGAUGACAACUGGGACUUAAAUGAUGCUCAGGUGGUGUGCAGACAGUUGGGCUGUGGUACAGCACUGAGUGCCCCUCAUUCAGCCCGUUUUGGUCAAGGAACUGGACAAAUCUGGCUCGAUGAUGUGGCCUGUUCAGGAAAUGAAAGGUCUAUUGCUGAGUGUCAGCAUGGAGGAUUUGGGAAACAGAACUGUAACCACGGUGAGGACGCUAGUGUGAUCUGUUCAGAAAGCUUUCCAAAGCCCAGCAUCCCCAUGAGUCCUGUUGGUGAGGUUACCUGGGGCCAGGACGUCAUUGUCAUUUGUUCAAUUUUAACACAGUAUUCAGGGAGAACAUUCAUCCUGCAGCAGACCUCAGGAUUAUUCAUAGAGAACCAAACAUCAAGUACCAACUCUGCUACCUUCAGAAUCCCCCAAGUGACUUUUGACAAUGAAGGACUGUACCAGUGCCAGUAUGAGGCACAGGAUAUCAAAUCAAGAUUAAGUGACUCUGUCAGACUUUCUGUUACCGUGAGCCUCCCAAAGCCCAGCAUCUCCAUGAAUCCUGUUGGUGAGGUUACCAGGGGUCAUGAUGCUGGCAUCACUUGUUCAAUCUCAACUCAACAUUUAGGUGGAACAUUCAUCCUGCAGAAGACCUCAGGAUCAUUCAGAAAGACCCAAACAUCAAGUACCAACUCUGCUACCUUCAGAAUGCUUCAAGUAAACUUCGAUAUUGAGGGACUGUACCAGUGUCAGUAUGAGACACAAGUUUCAAGUCGAGACUUCAGCUCCCCUUUAAGUGACUCUGUCAGACUCUCUGUUACUGUGCCACUGCAGCAGCCCAGCAUCUCCCUGACAUCUCCUAACAAAGGGCUGGUCUGGAGUCCUGAAGGUGCAGAGAUCACCAAGGGUUACAGCUUUGUCAUCACCUGCUCCAUUUCAUCCCACUAUCCUGGAGGUGUUUUCUCUCUCAUCUUCUCUGGCUCUGACAUCACUGACACCAAACCAGCAGUCAACCAGUCAGCCUCCUUUGACUUCCCUGUAGCUGAGUAUGAACACCAUGGAAACUACAGCUGUGUGUAUGAAGUCACACUCUCCUCAAGGAAAUUCACUUCUACUGAGACAGCAACAAUGCAUAUUACCAUUAAAUUGCAUUCAUCAAGACUGGUUAUAGCCUUUGCCCCCUUCUUGCUGCUCCUGGUGGUCGUGGUAGUCUGUCUGAUCCACGAGAAGAUACAACAAGCCUUGGUUCAAACUCAAUUGAGUCUUGUGAAGAAUUGCAUGCUCAAUGAAGAGGAGGAGGAAGAGGAGGCCGGGGAAGACGAAAGUGUGAAGAAAGAGAUGCAUGUUGAGGACCAUGAUCAUGAGAAUAAUGAAGAAGAUAGUAACACUAUGGUGUAGUAUCCAACACCAUGCUUCAAUUCCCUACUGCAUGCCUGUCUACCAAAUCAAUUGCUUCAUAGGACAAAAAAAAAGCCCUUCUAGAUUAAACUUGUCCAUGAUGUGCAUGAUGAUCGAUUGUUUAAAAUCCUUUGUUGUUGAAAAUUUCUGCAACAAUGUCAUUGUAUUUUGAAAUAAUAAAUGAUUAAACACA